CUAAUCACAGACAUUCCACAUACUUUUCACCCUCGUCCAAGAUGUCAGCCAAGACGAUCACCGCAUCGAAUUCCUCAAGUCAAACUUCCCUCGCGACUCUUCCACCCGAACUGCUACUCGAGAUCAUCCCUCAAAUAUCCUACUCUCCAGAGUCCCUCCUCUCCCUCAUUCUGACCUCUCGCACUCUCCACAACCUCAUCAAAUCCCACGAAUACAGUCUAACCCGCUCAAUAACUCAUCAUCAAAUCCCCCAAAAACAACAAUCCAACCACUUCCCUUCGCUGGACCAAAUCACAACCUUCGCCAACCUCUCAACAUACCAUACGCGCCUUCAGGUCCUCUCAAACCUCGUCGACAAAUACCCAUCUCUCGGAACCACCAACAAGAACAAUCCCACAACCCACACCCACCACCACUGCCCCUCCUGCUCCACGUCCACCCUCUGGCUCCUCAACCCCCGCUGGUCCACCCUCCACAAAACCGGUCUCCUCCUCCUCUACCGCCUCCAAGACCAAGGUUCCUACUGCCAUAAAGUCGCCCUCCUCAAUGGUCUCCCUGCAAUAAGUCUCGCUUGCAUGUUGCUGGCGCUUUUAGCGCAAAAUCGCAUAUUACGCGCAAGCGGGUUGUUGGAAACACUGCCGAAAAUCGAAGGAAAUCGCUGGUGGGAGAGUUCGGGAGGUGGGACGAAAGAGGAAGAAGAGAGGAGGAGGAAAUUAAUUGAGAUGAGGGAGACGGAGAUGGUUUGUGAGGAGAUGGGGUUGAAGUUUGGGGUGGGGUUUUAUGGGAGUUUGUUUGAGGGUUUAGCAUUGGAUGAAUGUGGAGUGCAGAAAGAAGGAGGGAAGGAAUCGUGGGCGAGGAAAGCUUUGGAGACCGAACUGGCAUCUCUGCCUUAUCUUCAAACAGCUUUUUUUCCUUGCUGUGGGGCUCCAAGGCCGCCGACUCUUACGUCCUGUUUACGAAGGGCUUUUGCUGCGAAGUGUCAUUGUCAAUUCUCAGAGAUCGAAAGGAAGUUAUGGGAAGUUUUGUCGAAUACAGCGUUAGAUGAAGUCGAUGAGACGUUAAUGGGGAAGAUAGUGAGAGGCGAAGACGAUUUCGGGAAGCGUGGAAUGAGGAGAAUCUUCUGAUUAGGGCAUUGUGACCUAGUCGGGCCAUGCUCCUGGGCAGUGCUUGACAAUGCUUGAUCGGGACAGGCCUUGGUUUCACGAGGCUUUUGCUCACCAGCGCUGAGAAUGGCCAGAAUAUCCGGAUCAGAAAUCUGGUCACUGUGAUGAGACCUUGAGAGCCACGGUGACAGUAGACCAGACACUGCUGAAGUUCGUUUCGAUCCAAGACAUCGCGACUUUCUCGUUAAGUGCUGCACUUCGCAGAUCUGCUGCGCCCGAGCGGCGCGUGCAAAGACAAUUGAAGUUUUCAACUGAUAGUUUGCACCAUCUGCUGCUAGAUCAGCAAGUUUCUGCAGAUGCCUUCACAUGUAUGUAGAAUAUUUGAGAGCGAACUUCGUGCUUUUGCAUCUCCUCUUCAGCG